GUACAGGUUGGAUUUGGAAUGUUCCAGCCAUGUUUCAAGGAUCAAUAAUGGAGAAUUUCUGCAAGAUUUUUGGGAUCAGUCGUAUCUAUGAAAUGAAAGUGAACCAUUUCCGUGUCCAUGAAAUCUUAGUUUGCAUGUGUAAAGUAUUAACGAGAGAAAAGAAGAAAGAACUGUGGGAGGAUAAUAAGCAAGCUGAAUUCGUGGAAGCAGCUAUGUUCCAAGCAGCAGAAAGAGGGCUUGUUGAGUUUCUUACUGAAAUAUUAAAAGUAAAUCCAUAUUUGGCACAAAUCAAAAAUAAAAAGGGCCAAAACCUAUUUCAAGUUGCAGUCGAGUGUCGUCAAGCAGAAGUUUUUAAUCUUAUACAUGGGUUUAACCAAGACAACAGAAAAGCUUGUAUGAGUAUGAAAGAUGGUGAUGAUAACAAUAUGCUACAUAUGAUGGGAAUUUCAUCGCCAUCUUCACAAACCAAUCGUAUCCGUGGUGCGGCUUUGCAAAUGCAAAAUGAGUUACAAUGGUUCAAGGAGUUGGAGCGCAUGGCUAGUCCGGAGGAUCUUGAAGCCGAAAACGAUACUCUUGAUAUGACACCGCGUGAAUUUUUCUCCAAGAACCAUACAGAAUUGGUGAAAGAAGGAGAAAAGUCGAUGAAAGACACAGCAACAUCUUGUACAGUUGUAGGUGCUCUCAUUGUUACCAUGAUGUUUGCUGUUGCAUUCACACUUCCUACUCCUCUGAAAGAUAAUAGUACUCCGCCACUCCUAUAUAGAAGGGCAUUCAGGGUUUUUAUAAUUGCAGACGCAAUAUCACUCUUUACUUCCACUACUUCAGUCGUGCUAUUUCUGGGAAUCCUCACUUCACGUUAUGCAGAAGAUGAUUUCCUCAGUUCUUUGCCUCGAAAAAUGAUAUUGGGACUUCUGACCCUUUUUCUCUCUGUUGCCGCCAUGGUAAUUGUUUUCGCCUCUGCCCUUUUUAUUAUCCUGCCAUCAGACACAUGGAUCGCUCUUCCUACAACUCUACUUGCUGGUAUUCCAAUUGCCUCAUUUAUAUGGAUGCAAUUUCCCUUUCUUGUGGAGAUCUUUUAUUCAACUUAUAUAAGAAGAUUAUUCGACAAGAAAGUGCAUGUGAAAUUAAACGUUGGCAAAUUAGUGCGUUAGAGUCUGAUGUUAUUUGAUACGUUUAGCUUUGGAUUUGCCAUUUUGAAGAAGCUUGUAAGAAAAAAAAGACGUUGUGCUUGUUUGAUGUUGUAAUAAAAUCCCAACUCCAAGUUGUGUUUG